AGUAAAAGGUAAGAACAAUCUUUAAUUCUUUCGGCUAUUGUGGUUGAGCCUACAACAUUGGUCAAGAAUCAUGGGUUAGUAUGGUUUAACUAGCAGUGUGAUCUUGUCAAGGCGUAUCCGCUCAUGUGAUACUGAUAAAUUGGCUUUUUUGUUGUUGAUUCUAGGCAUAGAGGUUUUCUCUGGUAUACUUCAGGGGUUUGGAGGAAACCUGGAUAUAAAAUUGCAGAAGGCGAUUAUUUUAGCUAUGACUUUUAUUGUAGGAGGCAUCUUGUGGUUUUUCUUUUCUUUUUAGUUGCUUCAAAAUUUGAUGCUUCAGGUACUAAUAUGAUUCAUAGUGGCUAGAAAAUUAAUGUUGCAUCAAAAUAGCAACCUCUGUAGUGCUGUGUGAAUAUAAAGUGCAAUUAUGUAGAUAAUUUGCAAUGUUAUUUUUAUGGCUUUGCUUUUACAAGGGAGGUGAGAACUUAAAUUUUUAAUAGGAAAUGUGUUGUUAUCCUUGUAAUUUUGUUUUGGGGAGGAAGAAGUGAAGAACUAAGAAGAAAAGUUGUAUAGUAUCUAUACAUAUCAUAAAUCUUAGUGGAUUGCUAAACACCGCCAACAAAAAUGAUCACCACCGCCAACAUUUGGUGUGAAUGGACAAUCGUACCCUUACUACUUCACCAUCCCUUCAUUCUCCCGGCAACCCACAACCCCUUCCAACCGGCGAUCACUACCCCUUUUGACCGACGACCCACCACACCCCCCUCUAUGACAACCCACCACCUUCCCUGGGCGGCGUGAAGGUGGUGGUUUUUAUUUUUUUAUUUUAGGCAACCGUGGUAACCGGAGCCCAAAACCGGCUACCACGCAUGGAAAUCGGUUUAGGGUUCCGGUUACCGUGCACCUUAACCGAUUCUACGGUAACCGGUUUUGAGCUCCGGCACCGGUUACCAUGCACGGUAAACGAUUUUGGGCUCCGUUUACAAUAUACGAUAAUUGAUUUUGGGCUUUGGUUACCGCGAUUGCCUGAAAUUUAAAAAUAAAAAAAUAAAAAAGGAGGGAAGGUGGUGGGUCGCCGGUGCAGUGGUGAUUGUCGUCGGUCAGUGUGGUGGUGGUGGUGUUAGUCAUCAAUUAGGGUGGUGGUGUCAAGAUGUUAGUGACUGAUGGCAAGAGGGAAGAUAGUAGUGAAGUACUAAGGACAUGGUUGUCCAUUCACACUAAAUAUUGACGGUUUUGAUAAUUUUGGAUGACGGUAUUUAACACCUAUAUAGGAAAUUAAUUAGUCCUAAUAUAAGUAGGAAAUUAAUUAGUCCUGAUAUAAGUAGGAAAUUAAUUAGUCCUAAUAUAAGUAGGAAAUUUAUUAGUCCUAAUUUCCUAGUUUUAGUCCACUUAUAAAUAUCUUGGUACUAUGUACCAAUAUUAAAUACACUGUAGUUUUUCUCGAAUGAUUUCAAACAAAGCAUUUCUUAGAGUCCAACUGUAGUGUUGCCGCCAAAACCACCACCAUUUCCUCUCUCCACCAUAAUCGCCGCCGCAAAAUCCAACUCCAUGGCUUCUCCGCCGCAAUCUCCGUCGCAUAAGAAGCUGAAAAUCACCACCGAAGACGCCGACGAAGAAACUCCGAUGCACAUCAUAUCGAGCGAAACCCAGAACAGAGAAACCCAGAACUUUGAAACCCAGAACAAUGAAACCCAGAACAGAGAAACCCAGAACUCUGAAACCCAGAACAAUGAAACCCAGAACAGAGAAACCCAGAACUCUGAAACCCAGAACAAUGAAACCCAGAACUCUGAAACCCAGAACAAUGAAACCCAGAACAAAGAAACCCAGAAGCUGAAAAAUACCGCCGACGAAGAAGACGUAAUCGUCGCCGCAAAAACCCAGUUUUCAGACAUUCCAGAAGGCAUCAUACUCAGUGAAAUCCUCCCAAGAUUACCCGCCAAAACCCUAGUCCGAUUCAAAAGCGUUUCUCGUGAAUGGAAUGCAAUCAUCUCAAGUACCCAAUUCGCCGAAACCCAUCUUACGCACUUAUCUUCGAGGUCUGUUCUUACCCUUGACUAUUAUAGCAACUUUGAGGCUCUUGAUUAUGAAGAUUUCAAUUUUGUUUUCAGCAGAUUUGGCCGUAAUACUCAUUUUAUUGCUUCCGAUAAAUCUAAAUAUGCACCUUUCAAUUGGUUGGUUGAUUCUUGUAACGGUUUAGCUUUGUUGGUUCCUCAUGCUUAUUUUAAUUCUGAUUUUAGUUUUGUGGUUUAUAAUCCUGUUCUUGGUCAAGACCCUAAUGCUUUUAUUGAGAUUCAACGUCCUCAAGGAUUUCAUCUUCGUCCUUAUCAAUUGUCAUAUGAUAACCAUAGUUUUGGGUUUGGUUAUGUUUCAUCUCAUAAGGAUUACUACAUUGUUGCCAUUGAGUUACCUAGGUGCUUAACUCGUCCUGAAGUAGUUGCUUUUGUAUACUCGUUUAAAACCCGAGAAUGGACAAUAAAGGAAACACCGCGAAAAGAUCAGAAAAAUAGGCUGGUAUUGCAAGAUCACUUGAUUAAAAGAAUUGGAAUUCUGGUGAAUGAAACUUUGCAUUGGAGUGUUGCAGUAGAGACGAAGUACAAAUUUAUCGUUGCCUUUGAUUUGGCUAGUCAGGGGGAGUUCACAAGGAUGGAACUGCCUUAUGAUGGUUUUGGGAAAGGUGUAUUAUUUGCUUUUAGUUUGUGCUGUUUGAAUGAUUGCUUGUGUGUUUGGGGAAGAACUGAUCAAAUAGAAGAACUAGAGAUGUGGAUGAUGAAAGAAUAUGGAGUGCAGGAAUCAUGGACCAAGUUGUUUACUUAUAGAUCGGUUAGUAAUUAUUGUCGCAAUUUUUUUGGAUUGACCAGUUCUGGAAGGGUUUUGGUUUUCUACUCUAGAUAUGGGCAUGAGCUAAUGCUUGCUGACUUCAGUCGCGAUCCUCCAGAAACUCUUUUGGUUCCUAAUUUUGUGGACAAAGUGUAUAUAGUGGAUUAUGUUCAAAGCCUUGUGUCACCUGUUGCUGUAACUGGAAGGGAAGAAGAUGGAUGACGGUGUUGAUACAUACAUUGUGAAAACGGCAGAUGGAAGUCUUUGCUGAGAAGCUUAGUUACUUGGGUUGGAUACAUACAUUGCGGAAGUUAGCUGCUUGUGCUGGUACAUACAUUGUGAAAAAUAGCUGUUCAUAGACGUACGUUGUGAAAAUUAGUUGCUCCUGUAGGUACAUACAUUGUGAAAAUCAGUUGCUCGUGUAGAUAGCUAGAUACAUACAUUGAGGAAAUUAGCUGCUUGUGUUGAUACAUACAUUUGUCAUUCUGUUGCUAUCCCUUUGUGAUUCUGCACAUCAGUGAAUUUUGCUAUCCUGUGCUGGUAAUGAAUAUGA